AUGGCUCUGUCAGCAUCGCACGCGCUGACGUCGCGAGACAGCUUCUUCCGCCCGCGCUACCUCAAUGAGGCACCGGUGCUGAGCGAGGCGGAGGACCUGCCGCACCUGAGGGAGGUAGAGCUGUGCGUGAACGCGGACCUGGUGCACGUGGAGAACAAGUACGGCGCCUUCCUCUCCCAGCCACACCUCACCUUCCGCCCCCAGCUCUUCUCCUCGCCGCUCUCCGACCGCUCUGCCGCGGGGCCUGGGCGGCCGGGUGGAGGGCGCGAUGGGGAGGACGAUGAUGCGGACGUGGAGCCGUACCUGGAGAACAGGGACCCGGACGACGAGCACUAUGGGGGCCCACCCAUCAUGGCGUACGAGCCUCUGUUCAGCUGGGAGACGGACAGAGCUGCUGUCAUUGGCCAGCGCAUGCCCAUCAAGCCCAUUGUCAGCAGCACAGUAGGCACGCGCUUCUCUGUGCGAAUACUCUCAUUCAAUGUACCCGCGGGGCUCGUGGAGCCCUUUUAUGGCUCCAUCUGUUUGUAUCACACUGAGAAGAAGGAGAAGGUCUCAGAGGACUUUCACUUCCAGUACCUGCCUCUCUCCUGGGACGGGGAGAGCACGCCCCCCGAGCUGAGGGCGAUAUUCACGGUGGAGAGGGAGGCGGCAGUGCUGUGCCUGCUGGUGCAGGUGGAGCGAGCUGUCACAGAGGAAAGCAUCAACGGCGUCAAGGGCUCUGUGUACACGCGCAAGGACCCUCCCGUUUUGACAGAGAGAGAGGCAUCCCGGCUCUCAGAAUGGGCACAGAGCAUGCCGUUCCGCGAGGCCUUUGCGUUCGCCACCAUUCCGCUCUUCGACUCAACCGGCACAGGCGGCACCACCGGCUUCGGGAGCAGCAGCACAGGGGGGGGCACUUCCGGGGUGCUGGGCGGAGCAGCAGGGGGAGGGGCAGGGGAGGGCGCAGGGGGCCCUGGGACGCCGGGGUCUAGCAGUGGGGCGCUGGGGGAAGGGGGGGCUGCACCACGGUAUGAGCUGGGAGGGCCUCUGCUGGUGGAUAUUCCGUGUCUGCAGCGCGUGAAGGAGUGCUAUACUGAGGACCAGCUCUUUGUGCGACCCGAAGCGCAAGGUGCACAAGCCAGUGCGCAUGACCAUGCAGGUGGAGGUGGAAGAUCCAUCCACGAUACACCCCUGAACAGCAGUGCUCCAGCCCUCACCUUCUCCCCCCCGGCACCCCUUAAAUCUUCCCCCCUUCAGGACCCGAAGCGCAAGGUGCACAAGCCAGUGCGCAUGACCAUGCAGGUGGAGGUGGAGCGGCUGCCGGGCAGCACUGCUCUCUCCCACUCCGCCCAGGCGGGGCCUGCAGGGUCCAGCCAGGCCAUGGGUCACACGCGGUCAAUGGAGUCAAUGGGGUCAGACGCGGAUGAAGUGGGCGGGCUCAGUCGCACCUUCUCCAUCUCCCGCCUGCUCAACGGGUUCCACGCGUUGGACUUCACGGACAUGACACGAGCAGAGCCGUUCACACAUCUGGAGCAUCUGGCGUUUGUGUACCCGCACAGUGUGACUCUGCCCAAGAAGCUCAACCUCUUCAUGCGCCUUGAGCUCCGUGACGACGACACCGACCUCCAGUCCUCACGCCCGCAGCUCGAGGCCAUCUUCCCAUGGGAGCGGGAGCAUGCAAUGCAGCGAGUGGCGUCGUCACAGGUGGCCAUGGGCAUGCGCCCAUCGCUCUUCCACGACGAGUUCAAGAUCCAGCUACCUGCUGUGCUGCGCCCCUCCCACCACCUCCUCUUCUCCUUCUUCCACAUCGACCUUGCUGUCAAGGCCGACCGCCCCAAACCGGUAGUGGUUGGCUACUCUGUCAUGCCUCUAUCAGCUGUCACCCAGUCAUUCAAGGGCGAGAUGAACCUGCCCAUGUCCAAGGAACUUCUACCCAAGUACCUGCACGAGAGCACCAAAGCCAAGCUGACCUACUGGGAGGAGGGCAAGCCCGUGUUCCGCCUGCGCACGCGCCUCUUCUCCUCGCUCCUCCCCCUCUCCGACCGCCUGCGCGACUUCUUCCGCCAGUACGACCGCCACGUGCUGGAGGCUCCUCUGCCCCGGGAGGAUUUGCUGGAGUCGAUCAAUGGGCUGAAAGGGGUGGACACGGUGGUGCUGCUGCAGUUCCUGUACCCGCUGCUCAACAUGCUGCUGUGCAUGAUUGGGAACGGCGUCGAGACGCUGCAGGUGGCGGCCUUUCGAGCCACCGUCAACAUCGUGUCGAGGGUGCAGGCAGAGCUGUCUCCCAACGUGCCUCGCAACCGCUUCCUGGUGCACUUUGUGGACUUUGUCUUUGACGACCUGGGCCGCCAGCAGCCGCCCGUCUACCCCGGACUCAGCAACGUCUGGCGCUCCCUCGCCCGCAGCAAGUCCCGGGGCUUCCGAGUAGGUCCGGUGUACAGCGAGGCACUGACCAUGGCGUGGUUUGUGCUGGAGCUGGUUGUCAAGUCCAUGGACCUCGAGCUUGCCCAGGUGCCGCAAGGCGACGAGAUAGCGCGGCUGAGGCUGGAGGACGAGGUGUUUCUGUGCAUCCGGCAGCUCUUUGAGUGCCUCCUGGUUGAGGUGCAGGACAAGGCUGAUGCAGACUACCCCCUUGCGCGCCGUCUCACCAACUCCCUCGCCUUCUUCUGCUACGACCUCAUCACAGUUGUUGACCCGCCUCAAGUGUUCGAGCUGGUGGGACUGUUCCUGUCACAACUAGCGGGCAUGUGUCCAGCGAACCAGCACUCCCUGAAGCUGCACUUCCUCCGCAUCCUCUGUGACCACGACCUCUUUGUUGAGACGCCCGGCCGCGGCCCCACCGAAAAGAACUAUCUGUCGACAGUGCUGGUGAAGGACCUCUUCACAGGCUUGAACCACGACGACCCCAACCAGCGAGCCACGGCGUCGCGCAGGCUGACCUUCCUGCUGGCCAAGCACGAGUACGACGCGCGCUACCAGCAGCCGGACCUCAAGCUCUACAUCUCGCAGCUCUACUUCCCCAUCGUCACCCAGUUAUUAGACGACCCGCGUGUGUUCACGCGCCUGGGGGUGCUGCAGAAGCGGCAGGUGGUGGUGGCAGUGCUGGCGGUGCUGCGGCAUGUGGACAGCGAGACGCUGCUCAAGGCAUGGAAGCACAGUGCCCCACGCACACAGCUCUUCUUCUCGCUGCUGCAGGAGUCGCUCUUCCUCUUCCAGUACACAGGUCGCACGGGGGUGAGCACGGGCGAGCUGGGGGCAGUGGUGCGCAACCAUCACAGCCUGGACGGCAAGGGGCGCAAGGGCGGCAGUGAGGGGGAGCUGCCGCCCUUCCCCCUCUACUCAGACCGGGUCUCUUUGUCCGCCAAUGACUCACUUGACAGCAUGGCGCUCGCAGAUUCCAAGGGGAGUGGCGAGCGGGAGCAGCUGGUGCGCAAGUACAGCGGUGUAUCCUCCACAGUCGCAACACCACCGCCUACUGCCCGCCCGCCCGUGCCGCUGCGGGAGGAGCUGAGGCGCGCCCGGGUGGCGCCGUUGGAAGCCAUGACCAUUCUCAGACAAGGCUUGCCGCCCGUUGCUUCCGAGAAGCUGGCCAUGUGGGAGGCCACAAUGGCGGGGUGGGUGUCACUGCAAGUACUGGAGGUGCUGGAGCAGUUCAGCGACCUGGCAGCAGAGGGCGCGGUGGUCACGGACUAUGACACCAUGGACUGCCUCACCGGCCCCAUCUCCGCGCUUCUCAGCAUGCCCCAGCCGGUGUCGUUCUGGGAGGUGUUUGUGCCGGCCUUUGCAGAGAUGCUGCGGCUGCACGGCCGUGCAAUGCUGGCGAGCAGCAAGGCGAAUGACGCGCGCCUCAAGGACAUGUUUGGCAACCUGCUCAAGCGCCUCAUUGUGAAGCCCGAGUUUGUGCGCAAGCGAGCACUGCUCUGCCUGCUGCUGCUGCUGCGGACGGCCCUGCUACACAUGGGCAACGUGCACCACCUGCGGGUCAUCUUCACAGUCGCUCUCUCCGAAGUCAUGAUGCAGCUGCGCCUGCUGCAGCGCGGCGCCAGGCCCGGGGAGAUCACCGAGUCUCUCGAGGUGGAGCGGCUGCGCUUCUCAUUGGAGGAGCUAGGCUCGGAAGAGACGUGGUUCGGGUUGCUGGCAGAGAGCGGGCUUCCGGACAUGUGUCUUGAGAUUAUGGUGGGGGAUGAGGAGGCUGAUGAGGCGGAUGAGGAUGAUGAAGAGGAGGAUGAGGAGGAGGAUGAAGAGGAGGAUGAGGAUGAUUAUGAUGAGGAGGAUGAGGAGGAGGAGGAGUUUGAUGAUUUGGAUGAGAAGAACGUGCGUGAGCUGCAGGACAUGCUGCUCACCGUUGUGGACGCCGCCUCACAGCACGAGCAGCUGAUCUACUCCUCCCGAGCUCACAUCUCCUCCUCCCGAGCUCCGAUCUACUCCUCCCCAGCUCAGAUCUACUCCUCCCGAGCUCAGAUCUACUCCUCCCGAGCUCAGAUCUACUCCUCAACAGCUCAGAUCUACUCCUCCCAAUCUCAGAUCUACUCCUCCCGAGCUCAGAUCUACUCCUCCCGAGCUCAGAAUUACUCCUCCCGAGCUCAGAUCUACUCCUCGCGAGCUCAGAUCUACUCCUCCCGAGCUCAGAUCUACUCCUCCCGAGCUCAGAUCUACUCCUCCCGAGCUCAGAUCUACUCCUCCCCAGCUCAGAUCUACUCCUCCCGAACUCAGAUCUACUCCUCCCGAGCUCACAUCUCCUCCUCCCGAGCUCAGAUCUACUCCUCCCGCGCCCUGCUCUACUCCUCCUGCCCUCAGAUCUGCGCAUUUCGCGCUCAGAUCUGCACAUUCCGCACUCAGAUCUACUCUCCCGCGCCCAAAUCUGCAUUCCGCGUGCUCAGAUCUGCAACUCGCACGCCCUUGCUAGUCCGACCGCGCGCCCUGGUCGUCCGCACUCUGCUCGUCCGCCCUUCGCGUCCCCGCCCUGCCCGUCCGCACGCCCUGCUCGUCCGCGCCCUCCCCGUCCGCGCGCCCUAG